CUUUAACUGUAUAAUACAUUGUCAGUUGUAUCAUUAAAGAGGCUUUACUUUGGAAUAAAGUUGCACAUAUUAAGGGUUGUUAUCCUGAAUCAGGACUGACUGUAUAUUGUUCUAUAAUACGGGUUGCUACACGGCAGGCGUUGCCUAUGUGCAAGUGAUUAUCGCGGAAAGUCUUUAUUUCAAUCAUUAUGUUGUGUGUACCGUACAGUAGGACAGGCAGACACUAUUUAUAAUAAAUAUACUGAAUCCGAUAUUUGUAACGUAUUUCAAAUUUAAAGUGCUAAUUUGAGAUUGCCUCAUAUGUUCGAUCUACCGGUUGCUAUAAAGACACGUAUGUGAUUUGUCCUUUAAUUGUUUUCUCGAAUUGACAUAAGUAUUGAUUGUAAUCAAAGAAAGUGUACGUGAUGCUGAUUUGUGAUCAGCAUAUUGGUUAGAUGUAAAUCUAUUUCUUUGUUGUAACAAGUUUUUUUUUAUGUACUUGACGCCAGACUAGAGGAUCAUCUACGUUACUAGUCGGAAAUUGUGUUGACAAUGAUGAACAUUAUUAAGUAUUAUUUGAAUUGUGUAUGAUCAAAUAUGUGUUUAAAAUAUGCUGCUGCUGAUGGUUGGAUAAUAUCUCAUUUAGAUCAUCUUGACAAUAGUUAUAAAUAUGUUCGAGAAGGUGAUAAGAUACUCAGUUUGAAAUUCAAUGAAUUGUUAUUUGAUAUAAAUUCGCAAUAUUUACGGGGUAAUCAAGUUGUUAAUGAUGACGAGGAAAGUGCAAGUAGUGGGAAAACAAGAAAAAGGAAAAGAUCGAAACACUUUUCAGGCGAAGAUAUGGAACAAAUGAAUCCUAUUAAAGAAGGAUUGGCCAGAAUUUUAUCAUCAGCAAAGGCAGAAGGAUUGUUUCCAGAUGAAAUAGUUUAUGAUAACAACGAAGCAGCUCGUAUGAUAUCACAAAAGUUUUAUUCUGAUACUGUUACUCAUAACAUAGAAAAUUUACAUGGGUGCAAUAAAAUGAACAUGGCAAUAAUAUCUGAAACUCAAUCAGAGAAAUAUGUUUUCCCUGAACAAUGUUAUUUUUACUGCAAUGACAUAAAAAAUAUAGCAGAAAAAAUGGAAUUAAAUAAUCAAUUUGAUUUGAUUUUAUUGGAUCCACCAUGGUGGAAUAAAUCUAUAAGAAGAAAGAAAAGAAAAUAUUCAGAAUCUAGUUACAAAAUGAUGUAUAACGAGGAUCUGAUCAAAAUACCAAUUGGAAAAUUACUAAGUACAAAUGGUGUAGUUGCUGUAUGGUGCACAAAUGCUCCCAGUCAUUUACGCAGUAUCUCAAAUGAUAUGUUCCCAGCAUGGGGCGUUAAAUUUCAAGCAAAGUGGUAUUGGGUUAAAGUAACUAGAUCAGGGAAACCAGUUUGUGAUUUUAAUCCAAUGCCAGCAAAACAGCCUUAUGAACUAUUAAUAUUAGGAGCAGCUUCUUCUAAUAAUGAAAUUAAAAUUCCUGAUGGUAAAUUACUUGUUAGCAUUCCCAGUGCAGUUCAUUCACACAAGCCACCCAUAACAGACCUAAUAGCAUCAUAUCUUCCGGAUAACCCAAAAUGCUUAGAACUAUUUGCACGGUAUUUACUUCCUGGAUGGACGAGCUGGGGGCUUGAGGUAUUGAAAUUUCAACAUUUGUCUUUAUACAGAAUUCAUGAAUCAACAAUACAAGAUAAUAAAAAUAUAAGCACAGAAAAUACUGAGAACAAAAGAUAAUCAGCUCGACAAACAAAAGAAGAAAUUGAUAUGCAUUGUAAUUCUCAUUUGAUUUACAUGAUUGUAUCAUCCGUUGAAAUAAACAAAUAAAUUUAAAAUUAUUACAACACACCAUUA